AUGUCUAAACAAUCGAAAAGUAAUGCUUCAACAAUCGAUUCUGCUGUUUCUGAUGAGAGUCCUGGUGCUAAUUUUCAAAUAUUUGUUGAUAUGCAAAAUUUAUAUAAUAAGUUAAAAUUAUUAAAUUAUGAUAACGAAUAUGUAUCAGAAUGGAGAAUGAAACCACUAUCGAGAAUUUAUUUUGCUAUACAAACAAAUUCUGGUGAACAAUUACAUUCGUUUCUAUCUCUCGCAUCAUGGCUAUUUCAAAAAGCAGGAUAUAAAUAUGAGAAACCAAGUGAAGAUGAUGAUCAGAGUGUGCUGUUACAAAAUAUCAUUGGACAAUUUAGAAAAAUGGGAUAUGAAAUUAAUUUUGGUGCAAAUAAAUUACGUUCAGGCAGUGGUGAAUCAGUUGUUUAUUUUUUGAACAAAAUAGCUGAUGAGGCAUUAAAAAAAACCAAUUUCACAUGGAGAAGGCCUGAAAAACCAGAAGAGGUGUCGGAUGAUGAUCAGCCAAAAGAUGAAGAAAGUGAAGUUGAUAUGAACAAAAUCGAUGAAGAAAUGUUUAAUAAACUAUCAUUAAGGAUAGAAAGUAAAUCUGAUGAUAUUGUUAUUCAUUUUCCUAUUCAAUAUAAACAUCCAAAAAAGCCAGUUAAUUUGACAAAUAAUAAUGAUUUUUCUAAUUUAACGCUGAAUGAUAUUCAGACAACAAUACUUAAUAUAUUUAAAACAGCAAAAACAUUUAUUGAUGAAUUAAAAACGACCGGUUUAUUAAAAAGAAAUAAUGUUUAUGAAUUAAAAGAAUUAUCAUUAGCUGUUUAUAAAUAA